UGUUGUUUUCGAACAUCUGUGUGCGUCAUUCGGACUGUGCAGGUGUUUCGGUACAAAAGUAGUAGCAGUGGCAGUAACAACAUGGAAACACUGUUGAAAAUAGUAGUAAAGCGAUAUUUUCCGGACUUGGAACGCUUAGAACCACCGUAUUGUCUUCUAACGGGUGAAGAAUAUCCGAUGUUGAAGAAGACGAAUCCGGCGGGGCUAGAUGCGAUUUGCCCAGGAGAAACAGUACAGAAGGCAGCAUUUCAACAACAGAAAGAGAAAAUGGACCCUGAACCUUGGCGCGAUCCGCAAGAACCUACUACUCUUUCCACUCCCGCAAUGGCUACUGUGAACGAUAAUAAUGUUGGUGCUAGUGACGACAAGCAUCUUGCCACUCAUGACACACUUAUUGCCACAGAAGAGCUACAGGAAGCGUCCAUGGUUAAUGAGGCAAAUGAUCCACAAGAGAAUUCAUAUCAGCUGUCCAGCAUUCCCACAGUUGCACCUAUGAUGAACAACUUUGAGGAGAUUCCUUCAAAGGCUAGCACACCGCUUGAAGCGAGGUCUGAGCCAGGUGCCGGAAUGCCACAAGUAGUUGACGAACACCGUGAUGCAGCCGUUGAGCUUCUAUCGGUUCAACCGGCAAUUGAAUCCGUUCCCUUAAAAGACAUUUCUGAGCAUGUGAGUCUUGAGAUGGCAACGACACCACCCACAGUAGAAAGCAGUUCGUCAACGGAAUAUUCAGAAAUAAUUGCACCGCGAGCAAGACGCAACAUUCGACGCAAGAUUUCCUUUACGGAACGUCUAGAACCGUUCGAAAGUGACGUUUCAAAGCCAAGGGCCAGGCGAUACUUUGAUAUUUUUAGUUUUUCCUAUCGUACGAUUUGGAACAAAACGAUAGAGGUUGUGCAGAGUGGGCUGGCUGACCGUUUGAAACAGCAACGUUUGCACCAAGAAGCACCCAUUUCACGUGAAACGUCGGAUCAGAGGAUUGAUUCUGGCUUCCAGCAGACAUCAGCAAACAUGACUGUGGCGUCGACUUUGCUUCUCGACCAUAACGAUGUGGCUGAAGAAGAUUUCAUAAUGUCGUCGGAUCAGCUGGCAACAAUAGCGUCAACGGAUGGCAAGCUGAUGGAAGUAACAGAUCGUUUGGAACCGUGUUCCGAAGCGACGUCGGAAUUACAGGAUUCGGCGCAAAAUGUUGUCGUCCCGAUAUUCACAACCAGAAAAGAAUCAAAUAAGCAGGAGAAAAUCAUAAAGCGAAAUCGCGAGAAGAAACCGAAAGAUGGUAAUGAUCCGAGCUCGGAGCUGAGCAAAAUUUCGGAACAAAUCGAAGAUUCACAGGAAAUAGCGCCACUGGAUGCUAUGAUGGUACACGUAAUGAUUGCAGUGCAGGGAGAAAUGUGUAGAAACAGGAAGCGAAUAGGGAGUUGGAUUUCUAUGCAACGCUUACAGGAGUUGUUGCGCGUUAAUACACGUUUAGGUGCUUCAAAACUGUUCAAAAACGUCAUGCUUUUGAAGCAGGCGGAUAUGCUAGAUAUCAAGCUCAGCGCGCAACAUCAUAUUACCGAUGUUAGUGUGAAGCUACCACAGAUAGAUGCAGCUGAUGUACCGUAAUGACCCUGUCGGUGUAUUAGUAUUGGCCAAUAACUAACCAUGAAAGGUAUAUUACGGAAAGAUCAAUUUAAUUUUAAAAUAUAUUACAUGUUUAGUUAGCAAAUCGGGUUUAACAUAAA